CUUACACAGAGCAGCCCCUGACCCGGGCGAAUGCGGGAUUGUGGUGCCGCCGUCGCCGUCCGGGCCGAGUGACAAAGGAAGGAAGGAAGCAAGGAGGAGCUGUCCCAAUAGACGCUGACAGGACUCCGGGCUGGGGGCAAAGCGCGGACACUUCCUGAGUGGGCACCGAGCAGAGGCGAGGAGGGCGGCCGCGCUGGUCCGGUGGACGGGGGAGGGGGCCCCGAGGGACGGAAGCGGUUGCUGGGUUCCCAUGUCCCCGGCGUAUGGGGAGCAGUCGAGGAGCCGCUGCUUGGGGUCUGAAGGGAGCUGCCUCCGCCGCCGCCAUGGCCGCUGGAUACAGCCGCCGCCUGCAGCUGCUCCUGGCGCAAUGAGGAGAGGAGCCGCCGACACCGCCCGCCUCUGACUGACUCGCUACUCCACCGCCCUCCAGCUCGCCGGGCCCCCGCCGUCAGCCCUUCGGAUCCCGCCGCUGUCGGAGCCGCAGCGUUUCCCGUCGCAUCGCCGAACCACCCCCUCCCUCUCCCUCCCUCCUUCCCAUCCCCCUUCUUUUCAAGCGUGAGACUCGUGAUCCUUCCGCCGCUUCCCUUCUUCAUUGACUCGGAAAAAAAAUCCCCGAGGAAAAUACAAUAUUCAGAGUACUUAUUUUCAAUCAAGUAUUUACCCCAUUUCGUGUGAUAUAUAUAUUUUUAGGAUUUUCCUCCCUUCCUUUUCUCCCCUCCAAGAAAAGGGAGGGGAAAGAAUUGUAUUUUUUUCCCCAGCUCCAAAUCAUCUACAUGUUAAAUACCCAUACUGAUCAGUCUUGAAGAAGAAACACAUCGCUCGUUUUAUUUUAAUGUAUAUUCAAAAGGAGUAAAAAGCCAAGAGUACGAAGUCUUUUUCUUGUGGGAGAACUUAAUGCUGCAUUUGUCACUAACCUAACACCUCUACAUUAAACAAAAGGAAGAAAAGGAGGAAGAAAGGAAAAGAGGGUGAUUCAGGAAGAGAGUAAUCAUGUCAGGGCGGCCCAGAACCACCUCCUUUGCGGAGAGCUGCAAGCCAGUGCAGCAGCCUUCAGCUUUUGGCAGCAUGAAAGUUAGCAGUACAUUGGAUAAAAAGAACAAGACACGGUUUCCUGUCACUAAGUUUGCAGGAGACAAGGAUGGCAGUAAGGUGACCACAGUGGUGGCAACUCCUGGGCAGGGUCCAGACAGGCCGCAAGAAGUCAGCUAUACAGACACUAAAGUGAUUGGAAAUGGGUCAUUUGGUGUGGUAUAUCAAGCCAAACUUUGUGAUUCGGGAGAACUGGUUGCCAUCAAGAAAGUAUUGCAGGACAAGAGAUUUAAGAACCGAGAGCUCCAAAUCAUGAGAAAGCUAGAUCACUGUAACAUAGUCCGAUUGCGUUAUUUCUUCUACUCAAGUGGUGAGAAGAAAGAUGAGGUCUAUCUUAAUCUGGUGCUGGACUAUGUUCCGGAAACAGUAUACAGAGUUGCCAGACACUAUAGUCGAGCCAAACAGACGCUUCCUGUGAUCUAUGUCAAGUUAUAUAUGUAUCAGCUGUUUCGAAGUUUAGCCUAUAUUCAUUCCUUUGGAAUCUGCCAUCGGGAUAUUAAACCACAGAACCUCUUGUUGGACCCUGAUACAGCUGUCUUAAAACUCUGUGACUUUGGAAGUGCAAAGCAGCUGGUCCGAGGAGAACCCAAUGUUUCAUAUAUCUGUUCUCGGUACUAUAGGGCACCAGAGUUGAUCUUUGGAGCCACUGAUUAUACCUCUAGUAUAGAUGUAUGGUCUGCAGGCUGUGUGCUGGCUGAGCUGUUACUAGGACAACCAAUAUUUCCAGGGGACAGUGGUGUGGAUCAGUUGGUAGAAAUAAUCAAGGUCCUGGGGACACCAACAAGGGAGCAAAUUAGAGAAAUGAACCCAAACUACACAGAAUUCAAAUUUCCUCAAAUUAAGGCACACCCUUGGACUAAGGAUUCGUCAGGAACAGGACAUUUCACCUCAGGAGUGCGGGUCUUCCGACCCCGAACUCCACCAGAGGCGAUUGCACUGUGUAGCCGUUUGCUCGAGUACACGCCAACUGCCCGACUGACACCACUGGAAGCUUGUGCACAUUCGUUUUUUGAUGAAUUACGGGACCCAAAUGUCAAACUACCAAAUGGGCGAGACACACCUGCACUCUUCAACUUCACCACUCAAGAACUGUCAAGUAAUCCACCUCUAGCUACAAUCCUUAUUCCUCCUCAUGCUCGGAUUCAAGCAGCUGCUUCAACGCCUACAAAUGCCACAGCAGCCUCAGAUGCUAAUGCUGGAGACCGUGUACAGACCAAUAAUGCCGCUUCUGCAUCAGCUUCCAACUCCACCUGAACAGUCCCAAGCAGCCAGACGCACAGGAGAAACCACCAGUUACUUGAGUGUCACUCAGCAACACUGGUCACGUUUGGAAAGAAAAUUAAAAAGAGGAAAAAAAAAAGCCUGUUCAUUUUAGUGUUCAUUUUUUUAUUAUUGUUGUUGUUCUUAUUUAACCUUGUAAAAUACCUAUAAAUACAAACCAGUUUCAUUGUUUGAGGGAGAUCCAGGGGAUGGGAGGGGCGGUGGGGAGGGAAAAGCGGAGCACUAGGACACACAGUCUCUCUCCCACCACCAUCUUUUUAUCCAAAGUCUGCUGUUGUAUACUUUAAAAACAGGUCUCCUGCUUCAUGCCCCUUCCACAAAAGAAGAAACUUUGUGCUGAAGUUUUUUUAAACUUUGUUUUCUUUUAAAGUCAAGUGGAAGACUUUGGUAUAGUGCACAGCUUGAAAUUGGUUGGGAGCUUAGCAGGUGUAAUUCAAUGGGGACUUAAAUGUCACUUGUAAAAUUAAUCCAUAUCCUCGGAUGUUUGAAGACUUGCCUUUGGCCUGUUGGUGGCAGGUGCGGCAGACAAAAUAUAAGGAAAUAUGUAUUGUGUGUAACCCAGGGAAGUCAAUAAAGUUAGAAACUAUAA